CUUCCGGUUCUCCGCCAUUUUGUGAAUGGACGCCGUUGCCAUCGACAUUCUGAAAUCAGACUAAUACAAACGCGAAUUUGAGCCGCAUUAACACGAUUUAUAGGCAUUUCGCUUCGGUUACGACCUAAGACGUUUUCGUCUGUAGAAACGACUGUAGCCGCGCGUGUUUUCGCCAAUAGUUGAUCAAAUAUGUCGGAGGAGCAGUUUCUGGGCGAAGACCCGACGAUGAAGAUGGAGGAAAAUGAUGAUGGAGAAGGUUUCGGCGAAGAGCAGAUGUCGGGGGAUAAUGGAGGACAGGGAGAAGCCGAGGGCUCCAAGAUUGAUGCCAGUAAAAAUGAGGAGGACGAAGGGAAAAUGUUCGUUGGAGGAUUGAGUUGGGACACAACAAAGAAAGACCUGAAAGAUUACUUCACCAAAUUUGGAGAGGUGGUCGACUGCACCUUGAAACUGGAUCCUUUGACAGGCAGGUCCAGAGGAUUCGGCUUUGUUCUGUUUAAAGAAGCUGAAAGUGUGGAAAAGGUGAUCACUCAAAAGGAGCACAAACUGAACGGAAAAGUGAUUGAUCCUAAAAAAGCAAAGGCCAUGAAGACUAAAGAGCCUGUGAAGAAGAUAUUCGUGGGAGGACUUUCUCCAGAUACCCCAGAGGAGAAGAUUAGAGAGUACUUUGAUGCCUAUGGAGAGGUGGAAUCCAUUGAGCUGCCAAUGGAGAAUAAAACUAACAAAAGACGUGGAUUUUGUUUUAUAACAUUUAAAGAGGAGGAGCCGGUAAAGAAAAUCAUGGAGAAGAAGUACCACAACAUUGGGUUAAGCAAGUGUGAGGUGAAGGUGGCGAUGUCGAAGGAGCAGUACCAGCAGCAGCAGCAGUGGGGUGGAAGAGGAGGAUACACUUCCAGAGGGAGAGGCAGAGGAGGUCCCAAUCAAAAUUGGAACCAGGGAUACGGAAAUUACUGGAAUCAAGGAUAUGGAAAUUACGGGAACUAUGGCUACAACAAUCAAGGCUACGGUGGAUACGGGGGCUAUGAUUACUCGGGUUACAACAACUACUACGGAUAUGGUGACUACAGCAAUCAGCAGAGCGGCUACGGCAAAUCCCAGAGACGAGGCGGCCAUCAAAACAGCUACAAGCCGUAUUAACGUUAAAACUCCCGCCACCAAGCGAAAAAGCGCUCAGGUAAGUGUCGCGUCGCUCAACACCCGACGCCUCUUUAGAAAAUGCCCAUUUGAUCGAAUAACCGUAAUGUAUACAUAACUUAUUUUUUUGUUUUUCUCGAAAGUUUCACAGCACCCUGAAGUGCUUUACAGUAGUGGUAACAUAGAGACUUUUGGCAGUAAUGUAACAGCUGGCUUUUGGGCUGUUUGGUUUUUAACUGUAAAUUUAACAGGUACAGCUAAAUGGCUACCAGAUUUACAAGAUUUGGAUUUGCAAGAAAACAAGAACAGGGCAAGAAUGUUGUCUCCUAACUCUGACAUAUACCUUGUUUGUACCUGCCAGCGGGGACUUCCUUGCAGGCCAAGAGCUGACAUCCCGAUUGUCUCAGGGUACGAGAGGCGUACGCUCUCGAAUGCUCCCGUUUGGUAUGGUCUUCCAACAUCCUGUAUAUGACUUAUAAAAACAACAGCAACUACAGCAAAACCUAAAAAGGACACUUCAAGCUUUUAUCUUCGAUUUGUUUGCUCUUUUUAAAUCUCUUCGGGAUCGGUCUAAUGUAAUUUUAAUCAUAAUGUAAUGCCAUUUUUUACAGGCACCAUCAAGUAAUGGUAAUAUAUGACGGAAUAAAGCUUAACUGUUGACUUUUUGAAGGGUACGGCUUUCUCUGGACUUUCCAGUUGUUAAUAUGCACUUCUAAUCUUAACUGUAAUGCUUGCUUUUCUUUAUUUGUAGCUCGCGUAGCUGUAAUAUCCUGUAAUCCUAAAAGCCGUACUUGGACGCCGCUGUGCUGGAGAAGUGCUUUAUUUAUUUAUUUGAAUAAUAUUUUGUAUUUAUUGUGUGAUUUUUCUACUGACAGCGGUGGAAAAAAUUUCAUCUAACAUACAUUCUCUUUUUUUAACCUUGCUCGUAUUGUUUAUGCUUGUAAUGUUUUCCUUUUGUGUUUUAAUCGAAGGUUUUGCAUUUUAAAUGUUACGAUAUUGUAUUUACUAUUUAUUGCAAAGUCACAUUCUUGUCUCUUUAUUAUUAAUCAAUUGGGAUUCCUUUACAUUUGAUGCCUCGGCGUCUUCGUGAAGCGUAAUUCACAUCUUCUUGUUUGUUUUUCAGACGGAACGGAGAAUUGAAAAUCAAACCAGAGAGGAGAAAACGAAAGGGCGAGAUGUCGACAGUACUACACUUUGGUCGCCAAUUAAAUCAUCAGUUGUGUUCAGAUAUUAAUAUAUAUAAGAAAAGCACACACUAAACUUACUUUAAGUGUUUUUUCGCAUUGUGAAGUGUCUUGAAUUUCGUUUUUUUUUUUUUGCGUUUACGUUUGUUGGUAAUAUGUAUGUUUAUAAUCAUACUUCCUGCUGUGUUGAGUACAAUGAACCACAAAAAAACGAAUUAUUCGUAUGCAGAUCUAUUAGUUUAUUGCGUAGGCCGUCUAAUAUUCAUUUCUCAUUGCAGUAUUUCGCUACAGUCAUGUAAACCAUUGAAAACAAAUGCAACUAAAUAAAGUCUAUGAACCUUAA